UAUCUCUGAAGAUCAGCAUUCAGGAUAUGAGGACGUAGAUGAGGAGCUUCUCUCAGAAAACUAUGGCGAGGUCUAUGAUGAUAUCAUACCUGCUGAAGAGAGCCCACACAUUACAACAGACAGUGUGAGGUUGGUGGAUGGUGGGAGCCGCUGUGCUGGGAGAGUGGAAGUUCUUCAUAGAGGACAUUGGGGAACAGUGUGUGAUGAUUACUGGGAUAUGAGAGAUGCUGCCGUGGUGUGUAGAGAGCUGGGCUGUGGGGAAGCCAUAGAUGCACCACGGAGAGCUCGCUUUGGAUCAGGAUCAGGACCGAUCUGGGUGGAAUAUGCUAACUGUGCUGGAUCACAGUCUUCACUGAAGAACUGUAGGUCGUAUGAUUGGGGUAGACAGAGAUGUAAUCAUGAUGAAGACGCUGGUGCUGUUUGUGCAGAAGUCAGACUGGUGGGCAGAUCUCACUGCUCAGGGAGAGUGGAGGUUCUUCAUGGAGAGAGCUGGGUCACAGUGUGUGAUGCUGACUUUGACCAGCAGGAUGCAGAGGUUGUGUGUCGAGAGCUGGGCUGUGGUUCUCCUGUGGAGGUUCUGGGAGCAGCUGCUUUUGGUAGAGGGGAGGGUCAGGUGUGGUCAGAGGAGCUUCAGUGUAGAGGAAACGAAUCUCAGAUUCACUUCUGUCCAAAAUCAUCUUCACUCAAACACAACUGCUCCCAUGAUAAUGAUGUGGGACUGGUGUGUUCUGAAAGUGUGAGGUUGGUGGAUGGUGGGAGUCGCUGUGCUGGGAGAGUGGAGGUUCUUCAUAAAGGACAGUGGGGAACAGUGUGUGAUGAUAACUGGGAUAUGAUAGAUGCUGCAGUGGUGUGUAGAGAGCUGGGCUGUGGAGAGGCUGUAGAUGCACUUAGUGGUGCUUACUUUGGAUCAGGAUCAGGACCAAUCUGGAUGGAUAAUGUGGAGUGUAGAGAAUCAGAAUCCAUACUAAAGAACUGUAAAUCAGCAGGAUGGGGUAAACAUAACUGUAAUCAUCCUAAAGAUGCUGGAGUCAUCUGUUCAAGAGUCAGGCUGGUUGGAGGUUCUCACUGCUCUGGGAGAGUGGAGGUUCUUCAUGGAGAGAGCUGGGUCACAGUGUGUGAUUCUGACUUUAACCAGCAGGAUGCAGAGGUUGUGUGUCGAGAGCUGGGCUGUGGUUCUCCUGUGGAGGUUCUGGGAGCAGCUGCUUUUGGUAGAGGGGAGGGUCAGGUGUGGUCAGAGGUGUGUCAGUGUAGAGGAAACGAAUCUCAGAUUCACUUCUGUCCAAAAUCAUCUUCACUCAAACACAACUGCUCCCAUGAUAAUGAUGUGGGACUGGCAUGUUCUGGUCACACUCAGGCUCGGCUGAUGAACGGCUCAGAUUCCUGUUCUGGUCGAGUGGAGCUCCAGUACCUCAGUGAGUGGGGUACAGUGUGUGAUGUAAGCUGGGAUAUGAGAGCUGCCAGUGUCCUCUGUGCUCAGCUGAAGUGUGGGAGUGCUGUGGCUGUGUUGGGGUCAGACUGGUUUGGGGAGGGGAGUGGCCGGAUCUGGGCGGAUGUGUUUGAUUGUCAGGGAAACGAAACACACCUGUUAAAAUGUCCCAUUUCAUCAUGGAGUCGAACUGCAUGCUCUCAUGAACAGGAUGCUGGAGUUAUCUGUAGUGGUUCUUCUCUGGCGUCUCAUGAGGGAGGAGUGCGGUUGUCUGGAGGGAUGGAGUGUGAGGGGGAGGUGGAGGUGUUCUUCAGGCAGGACUGGAGGAGAGUUCUGCUGGACUCCUGGAGUGAGUCUGAGGCCUCUGUGGUCUGCAGACAGCUGGGCUGUGGUUCUGUACUCAACAUCUCCAGCUCCUCUUCAUCCAGUCCUGAACACAGCUACAUGUGUGUGACGGGUUUCAACUGCUCUGGGAGUGAAGCUCAUCUGAGGAACUGCAGCAGCUCACAAGCAGUACAGCUCUACAUCACCUGCUCUGGUACAUCUAACACAGUCCACAGCUCCAUCAGGCUGGUUGGUUCUGGUGGAGACUGUGCAGGAAGGCUGGAGGUUUUCCACAGUGGAUCAUGGGGGACAGUGAGUGAUGAAUUGUGGGAUAUUGAGGAUGCGCAGGUGGUCUGCAGACAGCUGCAGUGUGGAGUGGCCCUCAGUGCUCCAGUACCGGUACCAGCCCGGUUUGGAUCUGGAACUGGACCCAUUUGGCUGAAUGAGGUGGAGUGUGAGGGGAACGAGGUGUCUCUGUGGAACUGCAGAUAUCAGCUGUGUGGAGAGGAUGAAUGUGGACACAAGGAUGAUGUAGGAGUCGUGUGCUCAGAGAAUGGAAAUACACUAGAUUUGACAAAUUGGCUGUGUGAUUCAUCUUCUCAUGAGAGACCGUGCUCAAAGCACAUUCCUCUGAGGCUGAGGGGAGGAGUAGGAAGCUGUUCUGGAUGGCUGCAGGUGUAUCAUAAUAAAACAUGGGGGUCUGUAUGUGGUGAUCUCUGGGACAUCAGGGAUGCUCAGGUGGUCUGCAGGCAGCUGGGUUGUGGGCCGGCGCUGAGUGCUAAUAGAAGAGCUGCUGAUGGUUCUGGUGGAGGAACUAUCUGGAUGAACAGAGUGAAGUGUAGAGGGAAUGAGAUUCACCUGUGGGACUGUCCUCAUUCCCUGAAGAACCACACUGACUGCUCCCACAGUGCUGGAGUCACUUGUGGAGAUUCUCAACCACAGACAAGAAGAAUCACAAACUCCUCCACCAGCUGUUCCCUCCAUCUAUCCAGUGUCUCUCCUGGUUCUGGGAUCUGUGUUCUUCCUGGCCUUAGUGCUUCUGGUUGUGCUGUUUUAUCAGAACAGAGUGCUCAGGAGAGUGAUCUCUAAGAGGAGGAAGACUUCAGCUGAGCCUGUCUAUGAGGAGAUUGACACCAGGCUCAUCCCUAAAAGAAUUACUGUCUCAACUGAAAGUAAGAGUAAAAUGUUUUUUUUUUCUCUCAAAGCAGAAAUGUCUGGUCUUUACAGAAAUAAUGUAGCAGUUAAUCAAAUACUUGUCAGAUAACUCUCUUUUCAUAUUGUUAUAUUUUAGUAGUGUUUUUUU